AUGGCUACCGCGGCCUCGCCCCGCAAGCUCGAGCUCGAGCAAUUCACGUCCUCAUGCUCCCCCUCCUGUCCGCAACAUCCCGCUCGCUUUCAAUACACGAUGGCCGACUUUGCAGGCACAGUGUUCCUCUUCUUCGUCCAGGUCCUGCCCGGCCUGCUCUACUCGGUCAUCACCUUCACCACCAUCACCGUCCCGACCGCCCUGUUUACGCUCUUCUCCAUGAGCUUGACCUUUACGAUGAAUUUCACCACCCUACUAGUAAUAACCCUGUUCUUGGUGUCGACCAUCAGCUGGUUUAUCCGCUACCGCUUCCUGAACAUGUACGCUCACCUUCCUCCCGAGCCCAAGCGGCAAGAAGCCCAGAUCGACCUCUUUCCGGAUACCCAGGAGGGAGAUUCAAAACCGGGGCUUGCCAAUUACCUGGAUGAAUUCCUAAGCGCUAUCAAGGUCUUUGGCUACCUGGAACGGCCGGUCUUCCACGAACUGACCCGCACAAUGCAGACACGGAAGCUCAUUGCAGGCGAGACCCUUUUGCUGGAAGAGGAGAAAGGGUUCUGCCUCGUGGUUGACGGUCUUGUGCAAAUAUUCGUCAAGUCAGCCAGGGAGCGUGAUAAAGAUGGAGAUAGCUCUGUGGAAGAGUCAAUGGGGGAGGAGGACGAUCAACGUCAUCGGAACCACCAGGGAUAUCGGUUGCUUACCGAAGUGAAGAACGGCGCCUCCAUGUCCUCCCUCUUUUCCAUAUUGUCCCUAUUUAGCGAAGAUGUGAAACUUCGCUACCAGGAAGGAGUAGAGCCCAGCUCAUCCAGUCCUGUGAGCCCAACGCCCUUCACCAACAGUCCUCGCUCUUCUUACAACGACCGUCACCACCACCGCGAUAUAUCCCUCCAAUCCAAUGGCGGACGCCUCCCUACUGUCCCGCCCCUGGCACUGGAUGACGCCACGCCAUCCCCUCAUUUCUCUACUGCUCAUACCCCGCCUACCUCCUCCGCGCAGGAUCGACGUGUUCCAAAGCGACUAAGAACCAACUCUAUCCAUCCGGAUAUUGUCGCUCGCGCUGUGGUAGACACUACCAUUGCUAUCAUCCCCGCCAGUGCAUUCCGCCGUCUUACUCGACUGUAUCCCCGCGCAACGGCUCAUAUCAUACAAGUCAUCCUGACCAGACUGCAGCGUGUGACUUUUGCUACAGCGCAUUCAUAUCUCGGCCUCACAACCGACGUCUUGAGUAUAGAGAAAAAGAUGAACAAGUUUACUUCGUUUGAUUUACCUAAUGACCUGCGUGGUGCCCCAUUAGAUAGGCUCAAGCAGAAGUUCCAGAGAGCUGUACAGCGGCUUGGCCCUGAGGAAGGGACAAAGGGAAUUGCCCUGCAUAACCCGGGCGUCCGUAACAGGCGGAGAUCUAGUAGUUUUUUGCGGAAGGAUGCAUCACUAAAUGCCAAAGCUUCCGCUACACAAGAUCAGAAUGCUUCGCCUAGCCCUCCUGCGCUGGAUAGGGAGGCAGCCGGUGUCAGUCCGGGAGAUCUGCUUUCCACCAUACAGCUAUCCCGGUUUGGCCCACGAUUUGGCAACGAGCGCCGGCUCGCCGCACGAAGCACAUUCCAUGUCUCUAACCCAGGGCUGAGGUCUCCGAUGCAUGCUUCUCCUGAUUCCAGCUCCCCAGGAAAACCUCUAUUUAACUCUCCAGCCAUUUCUCAUGUCAAUGAAGAUAGCAUCUUCCGUGAAUCGAUACUCGACUGCAUGGUAAAAGCCUUGGGGCUAACAGCUACCACCCGAGAAGCCCUUCCACUUCCUAAAGGCUUUGGCUCCGCUGAUGCGUCCCCGCAUCUAGUCUCAUACGACUCACGGAAACAAAAAGCUGUAUUUAACAAUGCAUUUGGCUAUAUAGACCCUUAUGAGGCGUUUGGGGACGGUGACUCCGAAUCCCAGAUGAGUAUCUCCGUUACAAGCGCAGGUGGGACGCCACCAAUUGCCAACCUGAAAGCCGAAUUGAGUGACGAGAUUGAGAUAGUCUACUUUCCCAAGGGAUCGGUUUUAGUAGAGCAAGGAGAGCGGAACCCAGGCCUAUACUAUGUUAUUGACGGGUUCUUAGAUGUCGGUAUCCCGGUGAAUGAUAAAGGCGAGGACUUAAUCGGUUCAUCCAAGGGUGGUAUCCAUUCCAACGAACCAUUAUUGCCGCUUAGACGACCGUCGGGCGCCUCACAAGGCAACCUGUCUACACAAACACAGCGGAAGAAGACCUCCCGUCGGUCCUUGUAUAUGGUCAAGCCGGGUGAUUUAGAAGGAUACAUUGGCUCAAUAACUUCGUAUCGAUCUUUUACAGAUGUAACAGCGAAGACGGACGUGUAUGUCGGCUUUUUACCUCGGAUAUGCCUGGAAAGAAUUGCAGAUCGGUACCCUCUCGUCCUUCUCUCAAUGGCAAAGCGGUUAACCAACGUUUUACCUCGCCUACUCCUUCACAUUGACUUCGCAUUAGAAUGGGUACAGGUAAGCGCAGGCCAGGUAAUAUACCACCAGGGCGAUGAGAGCGACUCAAUAUACAUUGUUUUAAACGGGCGUCUGCGAUCAGUCCUAGAGUCUGGUGACGGCAAAGUAAGCGCUGUUGGCGAGCAUGGACAAGGCGAAAGCGUAGGCGAGCUCGAAGUGAUGACAGAAACUACUCGACCUGCUACCCUACAUGCCAUUCGCGAUACAGAAUUAGCCAAAUUUCCCCGCUCGCUUUUCAAUAGCCUUGCACAAGAACAUCCGGGAAUAACGAUACAAAUAUCGAAAUUGAUUGCCCAGCGCAUGAAGCAUCUUGUCAACACCAAACUACUCGAAAUAGGGGGUGAAAUGGCGCAUGAUGAUGUAAACAGCCUUACAUCAACGCUAAAUCUAAGGACUGUUGCCAUCCUCCCUGUCACAUCUGGAAUACCCGUAGUCGAAUUUGGAAGCCGUCUGCUCAGUGCAUUUAAUCAGAUAGGGGUCCCAGACGGCGUCGCCUCACUACACCAAGCGGAUAUUUUUAACCACCUAGGGCGCCACGCAUUUAACCGUAUGGGCAAGCUAAAACUUUCGCAGUACCUUGCUGAUCUCGAGGAACGCUAUGGCAUGCUUAUAUAUGUUGCUGAUACCAGCGUCAAUGCACCUUGGACGCAGACCUGUAUCAGCCAGGCUGACUGUAUCCUCUUAGUAGGCGUUGCAGGAGGCUCACCCAGUAUCGGCGAAUAUGAACGCUUUCUCCUGGGAAUGAAGACGACAGCUAGAAAAGAAUUGGUCCUACUACAUGCAGAACGAUAUUCACCACCGGGCCUCACAAGACAGUGGCUCAAGAAUCGCAUGUGGAUUAACGGUGGCCACCAUCAUAUUCAAAUGACAUACCGGGCGACCCCGGAACCUGCCUUACCACAAAUUAAAAAAUUUGGCACAGUGCUCAAGCAGCGUGUGCAGGUCAUCCAAGCUGAAAUACAAAAGUACACGUCGCGAAGAAUCCGCCAGGAGCCCUUAUAUUCUGCAACGACGCCAUUUAAGGGUGACUUCCAUCGCCUAGCGCGUAGACUGUGCGGCAAAUCGGUUGGUCUAGUCCUUGGAGGCGGUGGAGCUCGCGGAAUUGCCCAUAUAGGUGUAAUUACAGCUCUCGAGGAAGCCGGUAUUCCCAUUGAUAUUGUAGGUGGCACAUCAAUUGGUGCAUUUAUUGGUGCCCUUUACGCGCGCGAUGCAGAUGUGGUGCCAAUGUAUGGCCGAGCAAAGAAAUUUGCAGCCAAGAUGGGCAGCAUCUGGCGGUUUGCUCUCGAUCUUACAUACCCAUCUGUCUCGUAUACAACGGGCCAUGAAUUCAACCGUGGGCUUUUCAAGGCCUUUACCGAUAGCCAAAUUGAAGAUUCGUGGCUUGAGUUCUACUGCAACACAACAAAUAUCAGCCAGUCUCGACUAGAUUAUCAUUCAUCAGGCUAUGUAUGGCGAUACGUACGUGCAUCCAUGUCGCUGGCAGGCCUUCUUCCACCACUCUGUGAUGAAGGUAGCCUGCUUCUUGAUGGCGGAUACGUUGACAAUUUGACUGUUGCACGUAUGAAAUCACUAGGUGCAGACGUUAUAUUUGCCGUUGAUGUGGGAGCUAUCGAUGACAACACACCACAAGCAUACGGUGAUUCGCUCUCUGGAUUUUGGACGCUACUCAACCGGUGGAAUCCAUUCACGAGCGUUCCUAAUCCACCCACGUUAUCUGAGAUCCAAGCACGACUUGCCUACGUGUCGUCAGUAGACGCACUUGAACGUGCAAAAAAUACCCCUGGAUGUCUGUAUAUGCGUCCGCCAAUUGACGGGUACGGGACACUGGAGUUUGGCAAGUUUGACGAAAUCUACCAAGUCGGUUACCAGUAUGGAAAAGAAUUCCUAGAAAAACUUAGGAAAGAAGGGGCACUGCCGAUGCCAGAGGAGACCGAAGAGAAGAAAAAUAUGCGAAGAACCAUGGCACCAAGACGAGCGAGCAUCUAA